AUGACAACCAUCGAGGCUUCCCAAAGCCAAGUCAAGCUCUCACUGCCACUGGAAUACCAAAAAGACUUAUUCCAUGAAAUUGGUCAGGAAGAUGAGCUUGUAAUCUUAGCGCGCGGACUCGGUCUCCUCCGUGUCAUUACAAACUUUCUCCAUGCGCAUGAUGCUGCGGGUGACAAUCUUAUUCUAAUUGUUGGCGCUGAUGAAAGAGAAAACGGGUGGAUUGGGGAAGCAUUGGCAGAGAAGGCUGCUGUAUCUCAAGCCGUGAAGGCAAGGGGGUUAAGUAUUGUCAAUACAGAAAGCCAGACCGUUGCAGCGAGGGAGAAGUUAUAUGCUAAAGGUGGAAUCUUCUCGGUAACGUCGAGAAUAUUGGUGGUGGACUUAUUAUCGAGCUUAAUAAAACCGGAGACUAUUACGGGCAUCGUAGUGCUCCAUGCAGAUAAAGUGAUUGCAACCUCUCUCGAGGCAUUCAUUCUUCGUAUUUUCCGUCAAAAGAAUAAGUCAGGUUUUAUCAAAGCCUUCUCCGAUAAUCCUGAACCAUUUUGUACAGGAUUCGCCCCACUUGCAACUAUGAUGCGCAAUCUCUUUCUUCGGAAGCCCUCACUUUGGCCACGCUUCCACGUAACUGUUGCAAAGUCACUAGAGGUGAAGCAAGCAGAAGUAGUUGAACUCGAAGUAGCAAUGACGGACUCCAUGCGGGAGAUUCAAACUGCUGUACUCGAGUGUAUCGAGGUUUCUAUAUCUGAGCUUAAGAAAGGCAAUACUGUGCUCGAUAUGGAAGAUUGGAAUAUGGACAGCGCUCUCCACAAGAGUUUUGAUAUCAUUAUACGACGACAGCUGGAUCCCGUGUGGCAUAGAGUUAGCUGGAAGACAAGGCAGAUUGUGAACGAUUUAACAGUGCUAAGGGGGAUAUUGCACUCUCUGUUGACCUGUGACUGCGUUACGUUUUAUCAGCAUCUUGAGACAAUCCUUGCAACGCAUUCUCCGCCUGCAGGGACGACUCGGCAGUCACAAUCUCCAUGGCUGUUUUUAGAUGCUGCCCAUACCAUCUUCAGUGUUGCGAAAGCACGGGUGUAUACAGGCACUGCGAGUAAAGCCGUGAUUAAUAGCAACCCAAUUGGAAAGAUCCCGUCAGCUCUCACCCCCGUAUUAGAGGAACAACCAAAAUGGUCUUUGUUGACAGAGAUACUCGAAGAGAUUGAGAGGGGAGCUCAUUUUAAUCAAGUACCCCAAGACUCAACAUACGGGACUACACUCAUUAUGUGUAGCGAUGAAAAAACAUGUCGUCAAAUACGGGAGUAUCUACAGACUAUGAACGAACGUCCCCUAGAGGAUGCUGGUGAUAAUGAUACCGACGAAUCUCUCAAGAAAGAAUCAUCUGCAGCAUUUAUGAUGCGCCGACGACUCCGUGGGUAUCUUACUUGGAAAAGUGAUUUCAGUAAAAUCAGCGCCUCCCUUUUUGCUGAAGAUCAAAAGGCAAGACUCGGCGGUAAUCCCUCUUCCGACGGACCUCGACGACAACCAGAUUCCUUUCGUGGUAAAGCACCACCCAACAAACGAAGAAGAGUCCGAGGGGGGGCUAGUGCUGCAUCUGGACCAGGACGCAGUGCCACCGGGGUCAUUACGAUUUCGGAGGAUCAACCUCUAAAUGUAGCGGAGCUAUUGUCUGGAGUAAAACCAACGGAAGAAGAGAAGGCACUCAAGCAAGAAAUCGGAGUAGAUCCGUUCGAUAAUAUGGAGGAUUAUUUUCAGCCAUAUGAGAUGGGAGACCUGAUUGUAGUACAUCCAUAUGAUGGUGAUAUGGAUGAACGCGUCCUUGAGGAGCUAAAGCCUAGGUAUGUAAUUAUGUACGAACUAGACCCGGCAUUUAUAAGAAGAGUAGAGGUGUACCGGAGUUCGCAUAGAGACCGCAAUAUCAGGGUGUAUUUUAUGUAUUACGGGAACUCGGUAGAAGAGCAACGCUAUCUUAGUACCGUUCGAAAGGAAAAGGAUUCAUUUACAAAACUAAUCCGUGAGAAGGGGAACAUGUCGGUCACCCUUACUCUCGACUCAAAGGGUGUAGACGACCCACAGGAGAUGUUCCUCAGAACAGUCAAUACUAGAAUAGCGGGUGGGGGGCGCCUAGUCGCGACUGCAGAACCUCCACGAGUCAUCGUUGAUGUCCGUGAGUUUCGUAGCUCUCUUCCUUCACUUCUGCACGGCCGCAACACCUUACUUGUGCCAUGUACUCUAACGGUGGGCGAUUAUAUCUUAUCACCCGAUAUAUGUGUUGAAAGGAAAUCAAUCAAGGACUUGAUCGGAUCGUUUAAAGAUGGGAGACUCUAUAGCCAGUGUGAGACUAUGCUACUACACUACAAGUCUCCAAUGCUUUUGAUUGAAUUCGACCAGAACAAAUCCUUUAACCUGGAGCCAUUUGCAGAUUUAACAUCUACUAUUGGGCAACAUGAUCUUCAGUCCAAGCUGGUGCUCCUGACAAUCGCGUUUCCAAGAAUCAAGAUUAUUUGGUCAUCUAGCCCUUAUCAGACCGCGGAGAUCUUUGAGGAGCUCAAGAAAAAUCAGCCAGAACCUGAUCCCCUAACAGCGAUCAAAAUCGGUCUCGAGGAUGGGGAGGACUCCACAAACCCACGUGCACAUAACCAGGCCCCACUGGAUAUACUCCGAGCGAUUCCUGGAAUAACGUCCAAGAAUUACAAGAAUAUCAUGAUGGAUGUGGAAAAUAUCGUAGAACUUAGUAAUAUGGAAGAAAAGGAGGUAGCUGCACUUAUUGGCCCUGAAGCAGCUAGGAAGGUGUACAGAUUUUUUAAUAAAUCUGUAUUUGAAUAA